AUGGCAGUGGACUGUAAAGACCAUGCCAGUGGUUUCCAAUACACUGAAGUGGUUAAGUUCAUUAACAAUGAAAUCCUUAUGAAUGGAGGCGGGCCCGAGUUCUAUGAAUCCUUGUGUUCAAGACCUUGGAAAGAAAUAGAAGACCGGCUUCAUACUGUGCUGGUUGAUCCCAACUUAUCACGCUCCCAGAAGAGGUCCUGUGCCUGGAGCGCAUUAGCCCUGAGUGUGCGAAUAAUUGCCAGGCAGCGCGUACAGCAUUCGCGUCGGGUUGAAUUGCUUCAGGACCAGGUUGGGGAGCGUGAUACAGCUUCCAAGACUCUCAGCUCUGAACUGCAGCGGUUACAAGAGGAGAGAGACCAAGCCGCUGUACAGCUACUCUCUACCCAGACUGCUCUACAAAAGGCUAUGGAUGAGCGGGAAAUCCUUCUCGGAAGACUGCUCCAGGCAGAAAGAUCUGCACGGUGUGAUGCUUUUCCCCAGGAUACACCUGAACACAGAAGAGAACAGUAUAAGGUGGUGGCAGGGUCAGUGGGCCAAGAAGAGCAGGUAGAUGUAAAGUUCAGGGAGCAGCAGAACAUGCCACAUUUAGGGGUCCAAAUGCCAGUCCCAGCUACUUUGCCUUAUGCUUUAGAAACUCCAGGUCCUUUUAUGGCAAAAUUGUCCCCCAUUCUUCCUUCACCUAGAAUAAAGCCAGUACAGCACAAUACAAAAACGUUAGUGGGAUAUCCGUAUUCAGCACCUGUACCAUGCCCCGUGGUAGCCUGCCCUGUAGCACUAUGCCCAAGAGUAAUGGAAUCAAGAACACCAGUAGCCACCUCAAGCUCCACACUUAUGCCCCACAUCCCUCCUGCAGGGACCUACUCAUCCCGUAGGUUGGUUGCAGUGGGGUCACAGGAGGCAAUGGGCCAGGGCAGAUGUCUCCUAGGAGAUAAUAUAAACUAUAGUAGAGAUGAUCCAGUGAAAACCCAAAGACCAUCUCCUUCAGGGGACACUGGCAACAACAGUUUCAAAGAUCAGCUGACAGCUCUGGGAUCAAGGAAGAGCACCAGACACCUUGAGAAGAGAGAUGGACUGGUGCGCCAGAAACGAAGUGCUCUAAAGAUCAACACUAGCCACAGUGUAAAGAAAGAUUCAGGAUUUCCCCAGGGGAUGACUGCCAGAGGAAGCAGCACCUCCUGCAGUAUAAAGAAAGAUUUGCUAAUGCCUCACAGGAUGGCUAAUCAGGGGGACAAUAUCAAGUACUGCCACAAGAAAUAUGCAGUGAUCUCCCAGGGGAAGACUGACCUGGGAAAUGGCACCAACCAGAGCCAGAAAGAUCAGAUCAUGUCUCAGGGCACAGAUGUCCUCUGGGAUGCCAGAAGCCAAAGUCAAAAGAACGAUCCAAUAGGAGCCAAGGAAAGCCCCCUGGGUAAAAACAAGAGCUCUUGUCUGAAUAAAUGUCCAAAGGUAGAGCAGAAGGCCAAACCACCACAAACAUCAAAGACCUCAGAAACCAAGCAACAGAAGAAGUGUACUUCACAAGCCCCUUCAAUGAUCUGGGUCUGCCCAUUAUGCCAUACUCUGAAUCACUCAUGGCAAAAGUCUUGCUACAAAUGCACACACGUGUGUAUUUCAACUGAGAGUCAAAAUAUCAACUAA